AUGUCGUUAAAGUUCACGUCCGAUUUCGCGAUGCGUGUGGUCACUACUGCAAGCUUGGCUCAAAACGCGGCCUGGGACGAGCGCGACAAUACGGCUGUUUUGGAACUUUUUUCUUUUUUGAAGCCGUGUGUCGCAAAGCUCGCAGCGGCCAAGGGAACGAGCCUUCAUUCUCUCGCCACGUACCCCUUGACGAGGCUUGUGACAAGUCGUGAGUGUGCUUAAAGGUGCCCCAGACCCCCUCAUGUCCAAGAAUUCGGACGGCGAAUUCAAUUUGGAUCGAGUGAGGAUUGAAUUGCUGAAUUUCUGAAACCUGGCAAAUUCGUUUUGCGAUUUUAGCCCAUGACUGUCUCCACAUCGUCACCAUCCACCUAUCAAGUGAAAGAAACAAGCGAAAGAAAGGCGCAAAAGGCUCAUCGAGGGUGGGGGCUUGAGCUCGCACAGCAGCCCUGAAAGGGCUGGUGGAGCUCAGAAAAGGAACCGACAUACCACAAACAUCGCUGAUUGGCAUCGGUACGCACCGACGUACGCAGAUCUGCUUCAAGCUAUGCUCUCAAUGCGUUCCUUCGCCUUAGGUCUUCACCCUCUCAUCUUCUGUCGACUGCCUACAAUGCUGCUGUGGCUUGUGGCCUUCCACUCGGCUGCCUCUCUCCACAAGAGCGCCUUUCUGGCGCCUCAGCUGCAGCGCCCGGUCGGCUUCCUGCGGCGCCAUCGCCCUCGGGCCUCGACACGUCGCUUCGCGUUGGUAGGUGGCAAGGGCGGGCGCCUGUGUGGGAUCUGUGUGUCAUGAUCAUGUUGACAGAACUACACGCGUGUUUAUACACAGGAGCCCUCUCCCGAGCAGAUAGGUGACAGAGCGUAAGGAUGUGCUGUGCUGCAUGGGGUGUGUGUGUGUUCACAUACGGUGUGUGUGCUUCCGUGUGCAGAGAUCGCGAACCCCUUCAAGGUGUGGGAUUUAGCGCGUGGUCGGUACUUUGCACUUUGCGACCUCGAUAUCGACGCUACGGAGAAUGCCACACACGCAAAGGCGAUGGCCGCAGCAGAGCAGCAAGUGGCUGCUGCUACUCUGGACCUCACACAGCGCCUUCGCGGAAAUGGUACGCACGUGAGAGCAGAUGCAGCCGGCAGGCACGGCGCGCGUGCAUGAAAGUGUGUGUGCAGACACGCUGUGUUGGCACCUGGUGAGUGUGUACUGGGCUAAAAUCGGUGACUGCUAUCGCGGAAACAAGUACAGCCUUGAACAGCUGAAGCAGAAUCCCCACGACGAUGACGCCAGCACAGUGGCCACGGUCCUCAAUAUUAUGGCAGUCUUGUUCGAAGCGCGGCGGAACUUCAUCUUGUCGAUACUGGCAGAUCGGCAGCACGAGAUUGACCCAUCUGGUGAGCGGCGAGACAGAGGAAGGAGGGAGGGAGGGAGCGUGGGGGGUCGAUGGGGGCUGCGUGCAUGCAGGCUUGACCACCAUUGAGAUGCUCAACCAGGCUGAGAGAGAGCUGGAACAAGGGGCCGCUGACACUAAGAAGAAGCCUCAGUCCAUCGCGGACGACGCUCAGGACCCAUUCAGCCACAUGCGCAGCUUCUGGGACAAGCAAAGCCAGUAUCACGCUUGGCUGAAGAUCUUCUACAGCUACACCGACUCGCCCAAUGCAAGUACGCGCCAACUCAGGCAGCCCGGAGACCUGACACACACAGACGUACACACAGAGACGCUCCUUUUGCCGUUAUCGCUUUCUCUCGUUCUGUCUUUUUUCAGCGAUGGACGUGCUCGUCAAGGAGAAGGAGAUGGCGCAAGAGGUGGCUGCGAUGGCCACGGCAGCCGAGUUUGACGACCGUGUGAACAACGUCAAGCAGCUGCGCGCUCGCACAACACUCGAGGUGCUCAUGCAGAGAGCGGGCCAGGACUUGCCCGUGACGCGCGGCAUUGGGGGUCGUGCCUCUGCCCCCAGCCAGGAGGUGUUUGACCAACUCAACCGCAUCAAGACAGUCGCCGAGGAGCAACCCGGUGACCCGCACCAGGGAGUGGUCCAAGGGCUGGGCAAGGUGCAAGAGAAGGAGGCCGACAAGCGGAUCAUCGAGCGGGUGGAGGGCAAAAAGGAGGACGGUGGGGGCAUCGAGGUGCAGGGCAUCGAAUGACCAGCAAGAGGACGGAUGACCAUGAUUGAUGCUAUGUGUGCUGGGAUACAUUAGCUACUCGUAGACAGCCAGGCGGCUUUGUAAGUUCCGUAAGCAUGUAGGUGGCGGGACAGCUGAUAUGUAGGUCGAUCAGAGAGAGAUACAGACAGGCUGAGGUAGAGUGUUCUGCGUCGUCAGUGUGUUUUUCAGUGUGAGCUCUAGACAGCCAUUGCUGCCUGUGUGUGCGUGCCGACAAAAGGGUCUGGUGCGUGCGACCGGGCGAAUGACGUCAGGUGGGUAGCAAGCAACCUUGAAUGAAUGAACGGGACGCAGACAAUCAGACAGACAGGUCUUUUGGUGUGUGGUGUGCGAAGUGACAAAAGGAGUUCGCGCUUCUGUGUGUGUAUGUGUGUGCGAGAGUGGACGUCUUUGUGUGUGCGCCUUCAUCGAUUAAGUGAUUGCAAAC